AUGGUGUCUCAGACGUCUUCGAUAGAAAGGCAAAGUCCUUGGCUUGCAAAUCUCCCCACGGAAAUCGUCUUAGUUAUUUCAUCCUUUUUGACCAAUCGGGAUCGCAAGUCGCUGCGUUCGUCAUGCAGAGCACUGAACAAAGUUACUCCGCUCUUUUUCUCGAGGGUGUUUCUUUCUACAAAUCCGUUGGAUAUUGAGGUAUUUUGCGCCGUUGCAAUCCAUCACACCUUUCGGCAUCAGGUCACCGAAAUCAUCUGGGACGAUGCACGUUUCUUGCCGGAGCCAGUAAUUCCAGAAGAGGAAUGGCGUCCAUAUAUGGACCGUGAAGACCUGGAGAUGAACCCAGACGAAGAAUGCCCGAACUGGUUUGUGGAAGGAUGUGAAGAGAAUAUCGAUCUGCUGAGGAGGCGGAAAGGUGACGAUGUCGAUCGACCCGAUCACAUUGCUCGUCAGAAACAAAUUGACGCGCAGAUGCCGCUCCGACAAUGCUGGGAGCUUUAUUCAAAGUUAUUGAAAGAUCAGAAUGAGGUUAUCGACUCUAAAGCCGACGAGAAAGCAUUUAUCCUGGGCCUGCAGCAGUUUCCACAUUUGAGAAGAGUGACGGUCACACCGGCAGCGCACGGCUGGCUCUUUGCCCCCCUGUACGAAACUCCCAUGAUCCGCGCAUUUCCAUAUGGAUUCAACUAUCCGAUUCCACGGGGAUGGCCUACGGUUGAUUUUCGGGAAGCGGCGCAGGACCCGGUUCCAUGGUCAGAGGCAACGGAGGAAUACAAAGACCAAUGGAGAGGCGUUCGAAUCGCUCUUCGUAUUUUAUCACAGCAUGACCAUCGUGUCUCGGAAUUGAGUUUCGACUCAAAGCAACUCAUAACUGGCAUCAACUUCAUGAUAUUUGCCCAGCCAUGCGAGGAAUGCGAACACUUCACAGCGAUUAUGAAACGCCCGGCUUUCAAACACCUUGACCUGCCUCUGCUUGUUGGACAUCAAGGAUAUGGUGGCUGGGAAGGGCUAAAUAGUGGCAAACUCUAUCAGGCUUUGAGUGAGGCGAAAGAGCUCACUUAUAUCAGUUUUUCAACCUCCGUGCUGGAGGGACCAAUUCCCGAUGUCCCUCCUUUGAAGAAAAUCUUCCCAGUUGAGCAUUGGCCAGCACUUUGUCAUUUUGGGCUCUCUCAUUUUUGCGUCGUUCAGACAGAUCUGAUGGAACUACUCAAAUCAUUCCCAAAUACCCUGCGAUGUGUGGAGCUCAGCUUCCUACAUUUUGCCGAUGCUGGACUUGGUUGGAGGGAAUUUCUGGAUAAAAUGCGCCAAGAACUCGAUUGGUCUGAGCGAGAUCCCCAUGUAAGACCGAAUGUUCUCAGUAUCAUGGAAGGAUAUAACCCGCCUUUUGUUGGCCAGGGUGUUUGGCUUGAAGAUGAGACUACUAACUUUCUGUAUGGUUCUGGUCAAAACCCUAUGGUUGAAAAUGCUCCAUAUUCCCCUGAAUUUGGAUAUGGGAUGCUACGGGACCUUUUCGAGCCCGAAUAUACCCGGCCCAAUCUCGAUCAUACAAGGCUGUCGGAGAUGGGUAUCACGGUACGUCUGUGGUAA